GCUCAAAGCUACUCACUGUACAUGUUCGGUACUUACAUACACAACUAAUGUGCAUGUGGCAAAUGGUAAUUGGGAGGUUUAUCAAAAAGGUUCAUUUUCGUCCAAAAAGAACUAUUCAUAAGAGGGUCUUUCGUCAUCAACCAGGCUGGUCGAUAUUAUGGAACCAUCGACGGCGUACCUUCGCCGGCCGGCGAAGAAAUCUAGAAGGACGACUAUUCAAGACCUUAGCGAUGACGCACUCUGUAUGGUAUUCGCCUUCCUCGACAUCUUUGAGCUAAUUCGCAGCUCUGCCGUCUGUUCUUCCUGGAGAAAAAUUGUUCAGAAGUUGAAGUUACUGCAAAUACAGUAUCAUCGGAAACACAAAAAUGAUGCCAAUGAGCAAUGUUUGACUUCUUCAAGUGCAAGAUCACUGAAUGAUCAUUUGGAGCAUUUGGCUACGGACAAACACAGGUCUUCCUUAAUGGGAUGUAAUGCUAAUGUUUUUCAGCACAGAUGCCACUCAUUUGGGGUUAAUCAGUGCCGGUUGAAGAUGGGGCAUUUUCUGACGGGUGUGGGCGAUAAGGUCAUGCGACUCUGGUCAGCAGAAAGCUACAAAUGCUUGGAUGAAUACUUUCUGCCUGAUAAAGCCCCUUUAAUUGAUUUUGACUUUGAUGAGAGCAAGGUUGUUGGUUUGGUUGGUGACCGGAUGUGUAUAUGGAAUCGGACUGAAACGAGGACUAUAUUGUCCUCACGUGAUGGCAUAUUCACAAAGGGACUUUGUAUGCGUUAUGUUGAUCCAGAGGCUGUGAUUGGAUGUGAGGAUGGGAAAGUCCGCAUAUUUGACCUUUACAGCAAAAAAGUUACUCAAAUAAUUAAGAUGCAUGCUGGUCCUGUUACAUGCUUAUAUUUUGGUGAAGAUCAAUUGCUUUUCAGUGGCUCUACUCAGGGUGGUAUGGUUUCACUAUUGGACCUUUCAUGCGGUCAGCCAGUGCCUUUGCGGACGACCUCUUAUAGUUCAGCGGGAAUCAAAACGUUGUGUUUCAAUCCUGGCUCCAAUUAUUUGUUCGCGGGAUCCACAGCUGGUCAUGUAUUUUGUUGGGAUCUUAGGCGGAGAGACAGGACCCUGUGGGAAAACCGAGUGAGCCCAAAUGUUCUUAAUUCCAUGCAUCAUCUCCGUAAUGACAAGUCAACAUUAGUCGUGGGUGGAAUAGACGGGGUCCUAAGAGUGGUGGACCAGGAUUCGGGGGAGGUGAUGUCUCUGCAUAUUAUGGGAGAAGAAAGAAGCCAUGCAUCGUCUGGCUCUUCUGGAAGAAGUAUGAUUGUCAGGAAAGUGAAAAAACUUUCCUCAGGUGACCGCAUUGAUCUUCUGUCCAUAGCUUGUAGGCCAAAAAUCACAUGCCUGGCUGUUGGAAUGCAGAAGGUUGUGACUGCACAUAAUCAAAACUACAUCAAUGUUUGGAAAUUUAAGUAGGUGGUUAAGUUUUUGACAAUUUAUUCUUAGGAUGUUCGGUUUGGGUUUUCUUAUGUUCCCUUUGGUUAUAAGAUAAACUCCCUGUGAUAAUAUGAGAUUGCAUAAAUACACAGUACUUUGUUUGGUAAAAUUACCUUGUGGUUUGAGUUCACAUUGUGG